AUGGAGAACGGAUUCAUUACAAAAGCGCGUUGUAAAAUGCCACAACACACCCAAAAAUUCACAACUGACUUGCUGUUUGUGUCUCCGUUGGUCUCAUUUUUCUGGUCUUUUAAAUGGAGUGUUGUGUUAGUUAACGCAACUUGUCUUGAAUUUAUUCAAUCUCAACGUCUCAAUUCCGUAUUCAUCAUGACUUCACUGAAUCAACAUUAG